AUGUUUCUCCUCCGCAGGGGUCGUCUGCUGGUGGUCCUAGCACUGUCCGCUCUCCUCGGGGCGGAUAUUUACUUCCACCUGUGGCCAGAGAUCCAGAUUCGGCUCAGCUGUGACUGUGAGGACCCUGCUCCCCGUGUGGAGAAGACCACCCGCCCCGGCACCACCGCCACCCACUACAGCGGCUCUAAACUGCAGCACCUAUUCUCUCACCAUCUGUACCAGGCACCAGCCACCAAAUCACCGGCCCAGGACCUGCUGCUCAACGCCCACGAGACCAUCCGCAGCCACAGGAAGAGGGUGACCAGCUUCAACCGGCGGCACCGAUCCCAACAUAUGGACCAGAACCGCACCAGCACCCCUGUAGAUGCCAGGAUUGACUUCCAAACCCCAUGGUUACAGUUCCACUUAGGAAUUAGUAAGGAGGCACUCUACCCUCGCCUCAGCCCGGCUGUGGACCAACUGCUGGAAGAAAUGGGCAAUCUGACUGUGAUCGGAGCAGAUUACAGUCCGGAUGAGAAGGCUCUGAAUGGAGAAUGUGACUGCAGCCAAAUUGUGAAGCCGAGUGGGACUCAUCUGAAGUUGGUCCUGCGCUUCCAGGACUUUGGGAAAGCCAUGUUUAAACCCAUGAGACAGAAGCGCAAUGAGGAGACCCCUGAGGAUUUCUUCUACUUUGUGGACUUCCAGCGACACAAUGCGGAGAUCGCCGCCUUCCACCUGGACCGGUAAGAAGAAGCUUCAGCGAGAUGUACUGGGCGUAAUAUGCGUCACCCCCUGAUUAUUACAUGUGUCACCCCCGAUUACUACAUAGAAGGUGUCGGCAGAUAAGAACCAUUUGGCCCAAUAAUCUGAAUCCUAUCAAUAGUCCCAGGCCCUAUCUUAUAUGAAGGAUAGCCUUAUACCUAUCUCUAU